CAAUGUUGUAUGUAGAUCACUGUUAGAAUGUUCGUGAUCGUCAAAGCAAGUUGCUACUGUUGUAAGUCUUCAUCGCCCAAAGAAACGUAACGAUGUUGUUGGAGAAGAGAGAGACCAAUGUAGGGUUCCUAUUUUCUUUAUAAGAGAAAAGAGAGGAAGGGGAAAGAGAGAAGAAAAAGAUUGAAAAGGAAAGAAGAAGAUUUAUUAGACAAUCUUAAAGCUGAAGACUAAAAUUAUCAUUUAAAAUUAAUUUUGGAGAAUGGGAAUCUGAUGUUGGUACCAAUCGUUGGGAUCUAAUCACCACCAAACACAGUGAUAUUGAUACAGCAUCUAAUGGAAAAUUCAUCAUCAUUAAGCUAAGUGGCCAAUUAAGAAAUAAAGGAAGCCAAAUAAAGGAGACAUGAACAGCAGAAGAUUGGUUUUUUUAAUUAUGGAAGCAGCAGAAACAACAGAGCCCAUCACCACAAGGGAGAAGAAAGAAGAACAAGACAUGGAGGAAACAGAGACAAAGAAGAACAACAAGAAGAACACCAAGAAGCAAAAACAUCAACACCCAAAUGACCAAACCACAAAAUCACCCUCUGAUUUCUCUUUCAAGCCAAGCUCUCAUGUAAAGGGUCUCAGAUUCGGUGGCCAAUUCAUCGUUAAAUCCUUCACAAUCCGGCGAGCUAGGCCUUUAGAGUUUCUCCAGCUCCUCUCUUUUCCGGCCACCACCAGAAAUUCCGGCCAUAAACCGCCGUUCCCAUCUGCCACAGCUUUCAUUCCCACAAACUUCACAAUCCUCGCUCACCAUGCGUGGCACACACUCACUCUAGGCCUCGGCACAAAGAAGUCCAAAGUUCUUCUCUUUGUGUUUGAAAAUGAGGCCAUGAAGGCAGCAAUAGACCGUGUUUGGGCAGCAGAAAUCCCUCUAGGCGAAGUGAAUAAGAAGAUGAUUAGAGGGCUAAGUGGGUGUGAGAUGGCUCGGUUCAAAUUCAGAAAAGGGUGCAUAACUUUUUAUGUUUAUGCAGUUCGAAGAGAAGGGUGUUUUGGGUUUGCUUGUGCUGAUGAUUUGAGAACCAUUUUGGAGUCUGUUGUGGCUCUCAAAGAUUUCUUGGAUCACACUGCUAUGCUUGCUAUGCCUAACCAGAAAACCAUCAGCUUUGCGGCGCCUCCUGUUGCAAUGGCUUAUUAGCCUCUCCUCUAAUCAUAUUGAUAUUCAUUUUCCUCCAUUCUCAUAUCAUCAAUCUUAGCCAAGCAGAAGGGAUUCGUUGGUAAUUGGUUUAUUUGUUCAAACUUUUCUCUUCUUCGUUGUGAUUGUAUACACGGUUUGUUUUCUGAAACUUGAAAUGGAAGAGCAUCCGCUCUUCAACAACAUAGAAAUCUCUAGUACUUGCUAAUAAAUUAUGAUGAUUUUGCAUC